AUUAAAAUGUAUUUUGGUUGAGUGGUUAAAUUACGUGGCCAGGGGUAUAGUCCCUCAGCAUUGCAUUAAAUGUAAUUUGGUUGAGUGGCUAAAUUACCUGGCCAGGGAUGUAAUCCCUCAGAAUUGCAUUAAAUGUAUUUUGGUUGAAUGGUUAAAUUACGUGGCCAUGGGUAUAGUCCCUCACCAUUGCAUUAAAUGUAAUUUGGUUGAGUGGUUAAAUUACGUGGCCAGGGGUAUAGUCCCUCACCAUUGCAUUAAAUGUAAUUUGGUUGAGUGGCUAAAUUACCUGGCCAGGGAUGUAAUCCCUCAGAAUUGCAUUAAAUGUAUUUUGGUUGAGUGGUUAAAUUACGUGGCCAGGGGUAUAGUCCCUCACUAUUGCAUUAAAUGUAAUUUAGUUGAGUGGUUAAAUUACCUGGCCAGGGAUGUAAUCCCUAAGAAUUGCAUUAAAUGUAUUUUGGUUAAAUGGUUCAAUUACCUGGCCAGGGGUAUAGUCCCUCAGCAUUGCAUUAAACAUAUUUUGGUUGUUCAUAGUGUUGUUAAUCCUCUCAGAAAGUCUCUGGAACUCUUGUGCCUCCUCAGACAUUUCCUCGCCAGCCACCUCAUUUCCCCAAAUCUGUAUGUUACCAUCAUCC